UGAUUGCGGGCUCAAAUACUUCAUGCUCAAAAUGGCGGCUAAAGUUGAUCCAGUUGAAAGACUGAAGGAAGAACACAAAGCAUGGAAGUGCUUUCAUCCCAAGGAUUUUAUUGCAAAUCCUUUAAAAAGAGAGGAUGGUACAAUAAACUGGCUCGUUUGGAAAUGCGCUAUUCCUGGACCAGCCAAGACACCAUGGGAAGGAGGGCUUUUCCCUCUAAGAUUGGAAUUCCCACAAGACUAUCCCUUUUCCCCACCUAAAUGUAUCUUCACUCCAAGCAUUCUUCAUCCUAAUGUAUUCCCAUCAGGUACUGUUUGUUUGUCGUUGAUAGACAAAAACAAGGAUUGGAAACCACAAGUCACUAUGAAACAAGUUCUUCAAGGAAUCCAGUUGUUGUUACAGGAUCCAAACUUUCUUGAACCAGCACAAGCAGAAGCAUUCAUGAUACACAGUCAAAGUAGUCUUGAUUAUGAAAACAAAGUAAAAGCCUUUGCCAAGCAAAUGGACCCUGCCACAAGUACAGUAUUGCGUGACAUUAACACUGUCAGUACAUGAUACAAGACCUAUUAUGUGACAUUGGWAGAAUGUGUGACAUUUUUAUUAGAUGACCUGAUAUGAGAUGUGCCAAUCGUUCAUUCACUAUAUAAUUAUUUUAUUAUUAUUUUUGUGAAUACAAGGUAAUGAUUGGUAAGUUUGUAAUAAAAGUAUAUGAAUUACGCAAUUAAUAUUACCUGGAAAUCAGUUCAUGUUUAAAGUGUCAACUACAGUUAGCUUCAUUAAGUUAUUUAUGAAAUAACUGACGUUUCUGCUAUUUUUGACUUAACAUUUUCUUUAUUUGAACAUCAACUUGUAUGUAUCAGGACUAAAAUAUCAAUUCUUGCUAGAAAUAGAUUAAAAGAUGUAUCAAUUCUAA